UUUUUCUCUCACCCACAAACAAUUUUUGGCUAAAGAGAGAAAUUGGUUGGGGUAAAUUCUGUUGGAUGCUUUGGGAGGCGAGAAUAUACUGAGACAGUGUUGGAUUUUAAAAAGCAAAAACUCCAUUGUUCAUAAUAAGUCGGUCGUUUGGUGGUUGUGAGUGGGAUCUUCUUCCUUGGUGAGAUCUGAAAUUGGGUUUUCAUGGCUUCAACCGAGGGUUUGGUUCCAAUUACCAGGGCUUAUUUAUCUUCUUAUUACGACAAGUACCCUUUCGUCCCUCUCUCCGACGAUGUUGCUACCCUCACUUCGGAUAUUCGCUCUUUGAUCACCGAUUUGCAGACACAUACCCCGCUUACUCAAGAUGAAAGUGUUUUGGUGGAUGAAGUUGAUGCCCAGCCGCCUCAUAAAAUUGAUGAGAAUAUGUGGAAGAAUCGAGAACACUUAGAAGAGAUCAUCUUUUUGCUCGAUAGGCCUCAUUGGCCAAACACGCUUCAACAACAAUCCAAAUUGGGAGAUGUGGAACUUGCUCCCAUUUUUGAGGAGAUGAAAGUUAAAUUUGAAAACACAUUGAAGUUAUUGGAAUAUUUUCAAUCAAAAAAUGCUGAUAAUGUAUUUAAUACAGUCAUGAGCUAUAUGCCUCAAGACUUCAGGGGUACCUUGAUUCGACAACAAAGGGAACGCUCAGAGAGGACUAAGCAAGCUGAAAUUGAUGCUUUGGUCAAGUCCGGAGUCAGUAUACGUGAUCGAUAUGCUUUGCUGUGGAAGCAACAGAUGGAAAGGAGGCGGCAAUUGGCUCAGCUUGGAUCUGCAACAGGUGUAUAUAAAACACUUGUGAAGUACCUAGUAGGAGUACCACAGGUUUUGCUGGAUUUUAUUCGGCAGAUUAAUGAUGAUGAUGGGCCCAUGGAAGAGCAGAGACAUCGGUAUGGACCACCACUGUACAGCCUUACAAAGAUGGUGCUCUCUAUACGGCUGUUAAUUUUACUGAUGUGGACGCGUUUUGAUGCCAGAAAGAUAACAGAAAAUGAAUUAGCUAUUUUAGAGCAAGCUGUCAACGUUUAUACUACUGAAUUUGAGAGGUUUAUCAAGUUUAUGGGUGAGGUCUUUGCAAAUUCCCCCUUCUUUAUAUCAGCUGAUGAAGUAGGCUCCAUAGAUUCAAGAAAUGAUGAUUAUAAAGAGAUGAGCAUUCCUGCUGGGAAAACCCAUGAGGUGGUGUUGUCAGUGGAUUCAAUCAACUCAUAUAUUGCUUGGGACUUCUCUUUGGAGCAAAGUAAAAUGAAAUUGCUUCAUCUUGCUGUAUGCAGGAUAUUGGGUUCAGCGUGGAAUAUACAAACUCUUCUGGUGAAAAAAGUCUUAUCUUGCCUUAUCGCCGUUGUGAAUCUGAUCAGGGAAAUUUUUGCACGUGUAUGGCCGGAACUUACAAACUAGUAUGGGACAAUUCAUAUUCAACCUUUUUUAAAAAGGCUCUGUUUUACAAGGUAGAUUGUAUACCCCCUGUUAUAGAACCAGCACAAGAGUGAUUCAGAGAAUGGAUGGAAGAUUUCCUGGGCAUUGAAAUGGAUCAAGAAUCUUGACCUUGUAAUCUUCCUAGUAUUCCAUUAUUUUGUAUUUUUCAUGUACUUUGCACCAGCUUGUUAUGCUGUGUUGUAUAUUAUUCUGAUAUCUGAUUUCCAUCCCAUGGUUGGGCUGAUAUGCAUAUGGGAGAUCAACUACUUGUAUUUGGUGUUAAUGUGCAGAAAAUUGCUUUUCUGAAUUUUAGGGGAUAGUAAACAGAAUCUGUCAAUAAACCUUCAAAUUUGGAAAUCUCAUAUUUUGGAAGUAGGGACUAAAUUCCCCAGCAGGGUUU